UCCUCCUUGAACAGUGAGAGGAAGAUGCGUUGUGACAACACAUGAAGAAAAGUGGUUGGACUGUUUUCCCGUAAUUCUUGGAUUUGUCUCUUGUCUGCUUGAUGGCUUUCCUCAGGCCCUUUUGUUCUUGUGUGCUCUUCCUCUUGCUAGCAGUAACACGGGUUGAGACACAGCGUCCAGAAUGUUCGACAGACAAAGAUUUUGUGGAAAUAAACGAGAAUAACAAUCCAGGGUUAGUGGUUACUAACAUUCGUGCUGGUCCUGGCAUUGUAGUCACAAUUAAGCCUUCUACAGAUGCAAACUCUCCCUCUGAAUGGUUUGAAAUAAAGGACUCAGAACUCAUCCUGAAAAAGUCUGUGGAUUAUGAGAGUGUAACAUACCUUCAGGUGGAAUUGAUAUGCUGGAAAGAAGGUUUGCAAAUAAAAAGUUUCACUGUUUCAAUUGAAAUUCAAAAUGAAAAUGAUAACGAGCCGAUGUUCAAGCAAAAUAACAUCACCGUUAAUGUUCCUGAGGAUACAAAACCGAACACAAUUGUCGUACCUCUGGCAAAUGUAACUGCUACUGAUGCUGACCUUAAUACAUUGUUCUACAGCCUUGAAGGGAGUCCACCAGAAGCAAUGAACUAUUUCAAUAUACAAGGAAUUAACAACCCACAAAUUUUCUUGCGUAAAGUCCUGGAUUAUGAAGCAAUGAAUUUUAUGGAGUUUACUCUAAGGGCCAUGGAUGGAAAUGCUGGUGCAGCAGGGACACACACUGCCACAGCCACAAUAUCCAUACGGAUUGUACAGUCUGAUCUCAGACCUCCCUGGUUUCAGCCAUGUACUGCCAUUGGAGGCCGCAGAGUGUGUAUCAGUCUUGGCUACAAUAGCAAAGUCAAUCUUUCGGAAAUAGUGAGUGAGCCACUGACCUUCGAGCCAGGACCCCUCUAUGCUAUUGACGGAGAUAAAAGUUUGAAUGAGAAAAUAAUAUAUGAAAUUGCUGCUGGAAACGAUAAUGACACAUUCUUAAUAAACACAAUUACUGGAAACAUCACCAUGACCCAGCCUGCAAACACUCUGAAGACAUUCAUGUUGUAUAUUUUGGCUUCCCAAGAAAACAAUCCAUUCAGAUAUUCUCAGACCACAGUGAAAAUUGAUGUUGUACGGAAAAAUGUUAAUCAGCCCUACUUUGAGGAAGCCAUUUACCUGGGAAGAGCAUCUGUGGACCAGCCUGCAAAGACAUUGAUCAUGAAAGCCAACACACCGUCAGAACCCCUGCAGAUCUUUGCAGCAGAUGAUGACUUCUUGCCAGAUAAAAUCAAUCCAGAUAUCAAAUACCGAAUACAAAACAGUUCAGAUUUCAGAGUUACUGCAGAAGGAUUUAUCCAAACCACUGAGGUUCUGAAUGGAUCAUCUCAUAUUACCCUUCUGGCCAUUGCUACCGACAUCAGUACUCUGGAAGAAGCAAGCACAUUGAUCUCAAUAGAUGUCACACCUUUGGCAACUCCAGCUGUUCCACCUGUAACUACCACUACCUCCACUGAAACCUAUCCCACCAGCCCAGAGAAAGGGAACACUAGUCAAAAACCAUCAGCUUUACCAACUGGGAUAAGUAAUUCUAAACCUUCUGGAUCUACAAAGUCCAUGUCACCUUUUUCAAGUACAACUGGGAAGGAUAACCUUACAGAGAUUACAAGAAGUCCUGUGACUGUUUCUGUACCUGGCUCAGUUAUUCCACCUUUUGUAACUACACUAAAACCUCCUGUCAUCCCAGGUAAUUCUACACAGUUUCUGACCACUACUUCUCCUGUAACAGAGAGAAGCCAACGAACAGUGGAAUCCAUCAAGACCUCAAGUCCCACCACCACUCAAGCACUUCCUCAGUCUGGACCCCCCAAGCCUUCCACAUCAGGUAAUUUUGUAACAAGUGGUGGGGCUGUCCAGUCAUCAACUUCUUCCAAAAUUGGAACCACCAAGUCUCCCAUUACAAGUGCACGCCCAGCACCAGAUGAUGGUAGACAAUCUACAUCUGUCCCUGGAAUCAUUAAGCCUUCCACAACAAGCACACCUUCUGUAGCAAAUACCUCUGCAACAAGCCUUCCAUCUAAGUCUAGUACAUCAACUCCUAGUAUUUCAACUUCAGCUUUUGUGUCUUCUAAAAAGCCUAGUAUUGAAUAUAUAACAACUUCAUCUGGCAGUUCUCCAGUGACUUCUACAACUAAUUCAGAAGGUCUCUAUAAUGUAGGAGAUAUGGCUGCUCUGGGAGUCACACUGGGGACCUUAUUAGCAAUUGCACUAGCCUUGCUUGCACUGAUCUCCUACAAGUAUUACAAAUUAAAAAAAGAACUUGAAAAAGAGAAUCUACAACUUAUGGAAGGCUUUUCUAAUACCAACUUCCAGGAUGACCAGAAAUCUAACUCAGAUGGAAAAGAUGAUGAAUCACCAGCAAGCAUUAUGUCUAAGAAGGAGCCACCCAACAAGGAAACACAGUCAGCUCGUGAAACAACGCAAGAGGAAGAAAUAAACAGUGAAAAGGAAGUGAAAUCCAUCCUUACAAAAGACAGGAAAAUGGAAGAUGAUGGCUACAAGGCAGUGUGGUUUAAAGAUGACAUUACAGAAGCUAAGGAGGAUGACAUGAUGAUUGAAGAGGACAGUGACCUAGAACAGAACAGGUUUGGGAGUGAGAGCGACAGUGCUGCUGAGGAGGGUGACUACCAUGAUGAUACAGACAGUGGCAGAGGAGACAGCGACAUAAAUAUCAGUGCGAGAAGAGUACAGUUCCUUGAUACUAAUCCUUCUGCCAGCCAGUCACAUGAAGAAGCAGAAGAACAUGACGAUGCUUUGUAAAAGUAGCUUUUGUAAGAAGAUUGGAUUUGGAGAAGGAUUUGCCAGGGAAGUAGAGUUCUAUGUCCAUUUGCUUAACUGAAGUAUUAUUGUAGGAUCCAAUCUGGGUUGGUCACCAGGACCAGAGGUUUAGUCUGUCUGAGGAUGGGCUCCAGCACGAGUCCAAAAGCUCAGAAGACUAAACCUCUGGUUCCAGUGACUGACCCAGAUUGGAUCUUACAUCAUUAUCCUGGGACACCUAUUUUGCCUUCAUUCAAAGCAUUAUUGUAAAGCGAAAGAAACUUAGUAUUGGUUAUGAAAUUGUACCUUUGUGUGUGUGGGGGGGAGAUGUUUAUUUGCAUUCAAACAGCCACUGGGGCAUGUACAAUCGCCCAGACUGGACAGAUUCCAUCUUCAGUCAGCACCAGGAGCAUGGCCAUUGGCCAAUGGGAUCCAGUCUCAGAAAAAUAACUACAGGAUUUGUAAGGCUGUGAUUCAGUGUGUGUUCAUCUGGGGGCCAAACACUAUCUAGGAUUGAGAUUUAUUUUUGAACCACCAGAUUGCUGUAAAAUUGCUAAAUUAAUGCUGUUCUUUUUUGUUUUUGAAUUCAUGCAUGAUUUUUGUUGUUAUUGAACAAUUGCCUGUAAGGAAGCUAUACAAAACCUUCCCAACUUUACAAAAAGCCAAAGCAAGAUCCUAUUAACGUCAACAGUCACACUAAAUUGUUCUCAAUUCCAGCAUUAAAAAAAGCAUAGUGAGAAAAAUAACAUGUUACCACUUCAAUAGGCACAUUUUAGGAUAAUAACUUUUCAAAGGUGACAUGAUGAUAUCCUGUGAUACGCCUAUAUGUAUUAAACCAACAAUGUUAUUUAUUUAUUUAGUGUAUGGCAACCAACAAUAAAUAAUGUAAGCAAGAAAUAUAACAAAAAUUUAUGGGCAUGUCAAAAAGAAAAAUAUUUUCCUUAGAGUAGCUCUAAGAGUUGCUCUUUAUUAAUAAAAAGAAAUGUUUUUUUAAAUAAGUGGAUGAAUAAUCAGUUCCCCAUUUUUCUUCCCAGCUUAUUUAAGAGACAUUUGAAAAAGAAAGAAAAAUUAGAGAUCUAUCCUUAGUAUGAUGCAGCAGCAAGAAAAAUAUGCAAAUACAGUAGACAAAGAAAAAUUCUAACCUUAAAAAAACGAAUAAGGAAUAUGUUUCAGCAGAAAAUUCAAAGAUGAUAACAAAUGUGUUUCAAUAAAGAAGCUUAAGAAAUGACUAAUAUAUUUUCUGUAAGAUGGAUCGCAGAUGUUAGAUAUAGUGAGAUAACUAUAUUAACAUUUAAGAAUGUCAAUUAUUUAGACUUUUUGUGCUAACUGCAUAAUGAAUAUGUUAACUUCAAAGCAUUUUUAAAGAAAUGAUAUCUAUUUCAGAUCUAUAGCAAUACAUUAAAGUGCUUUAUAAGAUGUAAAAUAUAUCCAAAAAAUUUUA